AUGAGUGAGACUAAGAAGCCGUGGGUUGAUGGCCCCUUUGCCCUCAUCAGCGCCUCCAAGUCUGGAGACUCGCCAGAAAAACCAGCUGAAGGAGCCAGGAAAUGCGCAGCUGAAAUGACUGUCGUACACAACCUUCUUCUUCGAGGCAUCAACGCAAUUUAUGUUCAAGCCGUCAAUGUCGCUGAACGAGGGACUGCGAAAGAUAAAUCAGACUUUGCCAAUUUUGCAUGGUCUUGGAGUCAAGAAGUGCUGGAACAUCAUGAUAUUGAAGAAAGUCGGAUAUUUCCAGAGAUCAACGAACUUGCUGGAGUUCCAGGCCUCAUGGACGCCAACAUCGAAGAACACCAUCUCUUCCACACCGGCCUCGAUAAGUUCAGAGAAUACGUGGACAAACUUCGCAAAGAAGACGAGGAACUGGACGGGGAGAAACUCAAGGGUAUCAUCGACUCGUUCAUGCCCGUCCUGCGAACACACCUGGAGAAUGAAAUAGACACCCUAGUCGGCCUAGAAAAGUAUGCCGAUAAAUGCGACUGGGGAGCGUGGUUCCAAAAGGUGGCACAAGACCUCGGCGCUCAGGGCAUGAAGAGCGCAUCACACCGCAACGAGAUCCUACCGCUCGCUAUGAUUCUUCACGAUAAGACGUUCGAGGGCGGGAUCUGGGGUGACUUCCCACCGUUGCCAUGGCUCGCUAUGGUGGCUAUCCGGUGGCUGUUUGUGAGGACGCAUCAGGAUUGGUGGAGGUUUGCGGGAUGCGAUAGUACGAGUAUGCCUCAGGAGUUGCCAUUCGCUUAG